AUGUCCGCUGGCAGAGGACAAGGCUCCUUUGGGAAAACCAUUGAUAUGCUCCCCUCCACGUUCGCGCCGACGCUGUCCCGCAGAGACACAAAUAAAUCCAUAGGGCAUGAAGCCGGAGCCGGAUCUAUCCCUCCUCCAUUGAUAAGUGGUGGGGGAUCUCUCGGUCCGCAGAGUGCGGCGGCGAUCUACCAGCAUAUUCAGGACAUGGCUACGAAGCGAAUAUCUACACUCGACUACCUCAGAAAAGCUCACGAAGGGCGCAUUUAUUGGUUUAACACGGUUCAUUAUUCCCGGGCUGACAUGGGCCGAAUGCCAUAUUUCGAUGCCAGAAAGCUUACCCGGCGUGCAAUCAAUUAUCUUCUCCUCGGUCUGUCUAUCCCGGCAAUAAUCGAUGUUAGCACAACAUCAGGCGAAUAUUUACGUGCGUUAAAUGCGCUGUUGAUUGAAUUCGAGGCGUUCCAGCAAGUGCAUCCGCCGGAAGGGAGUUCAUCGUCUACGCUUGCCCGAGCACGCAUACCACAAAUGUUCAAGCGCGCCACUCACGGUGGAACGAAGGCUAGAAGGGCAAGCUCAGCGACGGAGAUUGGUCUUCCCAUGCAACAUAGUGACCCCUCCGAUCUGAAAAAUAUGGCAGGGAGUGCUGCCUCAUCGGUCAGCGCAGCUGCUGCGAGUGUGUCCAUCCCAAAUUCAGAAGCGUCAGAGCUCUUACCUGGAGAGGAGUAUUCGUACCUUCUGACACCCUCACUGCCAUUUGAGCCGGACUACUUUGAGACAUUUGUGACUCUGUGCGAUGUCCUGAUAGACUGCUAUACUCGCCUUGUGACGUUGAUUUCAACGCCUGCAGUUUGCACCGUUGCACUGGGAGAGUUAUUCACAAAAGCAGAUGCCAAAAUCCGAAAAAUUAUUGUGGCGGGCAUGCUCUAUUUUGUCGUGCUCUCGUAG